GUUAACAAGAAACGGAAAAAACAUCUAUCGCAAAAAAGGAUAAAUUAUAGAAUAGUUUUUUCUCAACAUUAGCCUUGUAAUUGAUGUCGUCAAGUCUUGGAGAGACCAUUCUGCGGAACCUGGCUGAGCCGGAACCUGAAGAUAUUUCCCUUUCCCUUGAGGCCGGAUCUGAAUUUGCAAAAUGUAUAUCAUGGUCAAAGAAUGGAUUUAUUGCAUACGCAGUUCCAGGCUCGAUAGAUAAACAUAAUCUUUUGCUAACAUAUUUGGAAAGAGUGGAUGAAGGUUCAUGGCAAUUGGCCCCAUCACAAAGGAUUAGUGUGAAACCGGCAACUGAGUCGUCUCAAUGUUACCCACUUAGCUUGGUUUCUUGGAGUAAUUUAAACACAGACUUGGCAGUUUCUGAUCUUGUUGGUAAUUUUUAUAUAUAUUUGGCAGGGGUUGGUGUUCUUGACAAGCCGGAAUCAUCUUCGGCUGAAAAGGUGACGAAAAAUGGAAAUGGAUCUAGUACAAAUGGAUCAGAUGGUGUUUCAUCAUCCAACAUUGCCCCUUCUACAAGUACUGAUAUGAAAUCAUCAUUAAGCUAUGAACUUACUUCUUAUAAUCAUCUUGAAAUGAUAUAUCGAGACACAGUGGAUAAACCUAAACAUCCACCUAUUUUAAAAUCCAAUAACUCUAUAGUUGCAUUCAAAUGGUUAAACAUUGAAAAACCUCAAAUUUUGAAUAAACCAGCUACUCAUUCGGCACCAAAUCAAGCCCCUAAUUCUCCAUUUACAUACAACUAUGGAGUGUCACAGUCUCCACCACAAGGAGUUACCCACCCUAUUCCAACCAAGCAGGCUUGUGUGGCAUUGCGUAGGAAUGGUGAAAUGGACUUUUAUUAUCAAGGAGAACAUAAGGUGGAAUAUCAUAAAUUGGCCUGUAAACUUGAAGGUGAUGCAACUGCAUUGCAUUUUGCAACGGCAUCUAUAGGAUUUAAUAAGGGUAAAGAGAUCUAUAUCACUGGUUACGAUACUUAUUCCAAUAUGAUCAAGUCAUAUUCUGCCGCCAUUGAUUGGGGGUAUUUAGUUGAAGCGGCUCAAAAGCAGAAAUUAGAUCCACAUUAUCAAACUCCAGUUGCGGCACAGACUUUACCAACGUUAACUGUUCGGAAUUUGAAUGCGAUGUCUCCAAUGACAUCAGAAGUGAAUGAACUAGAUGAAGAGAAUCAGGAAGACGGAAAUUAUAAUAAACCAGUAAAAUCUAAUGUUGAUGACAUGGAAGUUGAUGAAACAUCAGAAAAGAUAUCUCCAACGACAGCAGCUCGUAUAGGGAAAUUACAAUCUAUUGAUAUAAUCUCAGCUAGUCAAAAUGCUGACUCUGACUUGGAAAUCUUGAUAAGUUAUGAGACAUUCCCUUCAAAUAACCUGUUGUGGGUGCACUCGACAACCAUAUUUAGAUAUAGAAUUGCGAUAUCACUGGAUGGGAUCUCUGAAGCUUUUGCAGAUUUAGGUGCUAGAAAGAACAUCCAACAACCACAAGUAGCAACUAAUAAAUUUGUUCUUGCCUUACAGGACAAAAUUGUUCGAGAAGGCACCCUUCAAUCGAUCGAUACUUCUAUUUCUGACUCAUUCAUAUUAAUAACAUAUGAAAAUGGGAAAAUAGAUGUGAUUGAUAGAGAAGCUCAAACUAUUGUGAACGAUCCAAAUGCUCAUAUUGAAGUCCCACCAUUGAAAAUCACAUCUCUAUUUGAUAUUGGAUUUCAAUUUCCUGAGAUCAAUUCAGACCAAGGUCCAAAUAUGAUUGCAAUUUCUCCAAAUCUUACUUCAUUAGUUUAUACCAAUGUUAGAAAUCCCCACCAACAAUUAACUUUCUCAGUUGUUGUAUCCAAAAGAGAAGUUUCCAUCACACCUAAGGAAUUGUUCAUUACAUCAGUGGGGUUUGCAUUCCGUCAUGCUUACGCUUGUUAUACUAAUGUAUGUUCUGACGAUUUGUUGGCCUUAAUUCAAAUUGAGGUGAUAAGAAUUAGAAAAAUCUUACACGAAACACUUCCUGAUAAACAGUCCAGUAUUGAUACUGUUUUGAGCAAGUUCAUCGAAUCUAUCAUUUGUGAAUCCCAUAAGGCUAUAAGCUUUCAAUUAGAUGUAUUUGGGAGAGAAUCUGUUGAUAAGUUACUUUCAAAUCCUCCACUACAAAAAUUGCUUUCAUUACAAUUGAUUUUAGGGGAAUUUCAAGGACAAGGUAAGGUUAUUCGUGAUAUUGCAUGGAUUGUUCUUAAUUUAAGAAGUACCAGUUUUGGUAUUAUGUUUCUGUUGUCAAGUAUUUAUCGUAAAAUUUCCAAAAAGAAACCCGCGGAAGACACUUUACAAGAUUCUAUAACUCGAGCUGAAUGUAUUACGUCGCUUAUUGGAAGUGUGAAAUGGUUGAUUGACUUGAUGAUUUAUCUCAAUCAAGAAUUAAUUCAAUUAUCUAACAAGGUAAAUGAGCAUGAAUCUGAAAAUGUUUUAUCAUUCAAUAAUUCUGUUGUUCUUCCAGUGAUUUUGAGUAAAAUCCCUAGACUAUUUCUAAUGUACGCUCUUUCAUCAAUUGGGAAGACCAACGAAAUCUUGAAAAAGCUUCAUAAGGAUCUUUCCGAUUGCAAUAAAGUAUACACCCCUAUGAAAGAUGCAUUGAAUAGAUAUUUCACUAUCUAUAAUAAUUCUCCACUCAAUGUACCCUGGUUUGAAAACUUUUUACGUGAGUGUGAUGCAUUCAUUACAGCUGAAGUUACCAAAGAAUCUAAUUUACGUGGGAAGAAUUUCCCAGUUAAAUUAGAACAAAAAUUGGUUUGUCAAGGGGAAAUAUCUGGAGAAAUGCAAAAAGUGGCAAGAACAGUAGUAGCCAAAUAUUCUACAAGCAUUAGAAGAGAAUUGAAAAUUUCCGAAUUAUUCUUUUAUGAUGUAGAUUGGUUAUCAAUCGGAACAACAAAUGAAGUAUGUAAACAUAAGCAAAAUUCUGAUUGCACGGAAGAAAAUGUUAUUAGACAAUAUCCAAAUUUAAGUGCUAAUAUAAAGCCAAGACUUCAUUUUGCUAAUUCCUAUUAUAUUGAUGGCUUACGAAAGGUUGUACUUGAAGGUGGGCCAAAUUUUGAUUCUAAUGUUUUACCUGAUUCGAAACAACAAAUUGUACAAACCAAAAUUAGAAAAUGUACUAGAUGUCGUUCGGUAUCGUAUGUCAAUGAUCCAUUGGCAUUUGCAUCCCCUACAACAAUUGGGCUUUGGACAAUGGUAUUCCAAAGAACAUGUAUUUGUGGAAGUGCUUGGAUAAAUUGUAAUUAGAUGUAUUAAAAUGUUUAUAGAUAAGAAUGAGAUGAAGUAAUUAUUUAUCUAUAGUUUGUUAUAAUAAAGUUU